UUCCUCUUCUUUCGAGUUGAGCGCCCCCCCCCCCCGCCCUAUCGUUUCCUCUCCUGCAAACCCUAGGGUUUUUCCUUUACGGCACAGGGUUCUUACUCUCUAGGGUUUAGCUUUCUUUUUUCCUUUUAGUGGUUUAAGUUCUUUUGCACUCCUCCUAUUAUUUCUUUGGAUCUCUAUCUGUGCUGGUAGAUAAUGGAUUUUGGACAUGCUCGUAAGAGGGGGAGGCCGGACUUUGCAUUGAAUGGCAAUGGAGGACCUAAAAGAUCCAAGCAAGAAAUGGAGUCAACUGGUAUAGGAAGCAAAUCGAAGCCAUGCACCAAGUUUUUCAGUACUGCUGGAUGCCCGUUUGGCGAAGGCUGCCACUUCUUGCACUAUGUUCCAGGUGGGAUCAAUGCUGUUGCUCAGAUGACCAACUUGGGUGGCAACCCAACUCUACCUCCUACCUCUAGAAACCCAGUGGGCCCACCGCCAAUGCCUGAUGGUAAUUCACCAUCUACGAAGUCUCGUAUGUGCAACAAGUUCAACACUGCAGAAGGUUGCAAGUUUGGUGACAAAUGUCAUUUUGCCCAUGGUGAGAGGGAGCUCGGAAAACCAAUUGCACAUUCACAUGAAGACCCCCGAAUGAUGGGAGGACCGAUGGGAGGCCGGAUGGGGGGACGGAUGGAGCCGCCCCCACCUGGUCUUUCUGCUGCAGCAAGCUUUGGUGCAUCUGCAACUGCCAAGAUCAGCGUUGAUGCAUCCCUAGCAGGAGCAAUAAUUGGGAAGGGUGGUGUGAACUCGAAGCAGAUCUGUCGCCUUACUGGUGCCAAGCUCUCUAUUAGGGAGCAUGAAUCAGACCCUAACUUGAGAAAUAUUGAGCUUGAGGGAACCUUUGAUCAGAUCAAGCAAGCCAGUGCUAUGGUAAGGGAGUUGAUUGUGAACAUCGGUUCAACAGGAGGUGGUGGUCCCAUGAAGCCCACUGGAGCUGCGGCACUUACCCCUGCAGCAAACAAUUUCAAAACAAAGAUGUGUGAGAACUUUGCAAAGGGAUCAUGCACAUUUGGUGACCGUUGUCACUUUGCUCAUGGAGCAAAUGAGCUUCGUAAACCAGCGGUGUGAGUGCUGUCCUUGUUGUUCACUCUUUUCUAUUUCCCUACAAAGACAAUUUCUUCAGAUCUGUCUUGUAGAUCUGAGAGGCCGGUUUUCGUACUGGUGGUGAUGGUGGACCAACUUUUGAGGGAAGGAAAAUUUGACAACAUUAACGGUAGUUUUCUAGCCUUUUAGGUUUUGUUUCUUUUCA